CCCAUUCAACGAACAAGAAUCUAUUGGAAAGAUGAGAAUUCCAGAACGUCCUAACGUACUUUGGAACCUCCAAAUCAAUGGAAAAUGGUAUCGUCGCUACAAACCGAGACCACUGAUACCUUUCACCCCCUUGGCACCACUCCCGGGGGACAAGGAGAUGAUGGAGAUAUUAGCUAGUGCAAAGAACUACGGUGAUGACCGCAGGGGUCUCGAAUCCUGGGAGGGAAUCCCAUUUCCGAGCCCCAUAAAUGAAGAAUGAGCUUACAUAUACACGGCCGAUCUGGAUGCAGGGUCUCUCACAAUCACAAAAUUCGCCGACCCAAGACCUAGAUCCGUACAAAUGAAUCUUUGCGGAAUCUCUGACGAAGCGAUAAAUUAUGCCCUAGCACAGCCCCCUAUAGAUGCCCUCGAUGACUGCCCCAUUCCAUCGAAUGUUACUAGUGACGGACCGCUCCCCGCCCAACUGUUCAAUCUAGGUCUGAGCAGCCCGGAGCCUAUGCAUGAGGUCCAGGAACAAUUCUUCAAAGACUUUAAAUCCCAUUGGCAAAUAUACGUGGACGAUCCCCGAACAUGGAAUUAUGAUACCGGUGUCUUUCAAGCAUUAACCAUGGACCUUCUGCGCCUUGCUGCCUGGGAUUUCGAAGCGGCCCGUGAAUGCAAACCAAGGCGGACCAAUGAGAGCUUACCCACUCCAACUUGGAACUAUCCCAAAGAAGGAAUAUACUGGUUUCACGAGCAUCUCAUCGUUCUCCAGGAUGAUAUCGCCUCACAGACAGCAAAAAAUAGGGCCAUUGAGCGUGCUAAGUUGUAUCUCAAUGAAUUCCACCCUAGGAAGCAAGCCGUGCGUGUGAUCGUCAUCUCUCUGCGCCACAUUGCGUUCUUACAUGUAUGCAGCGACGGAUUCUCAUCAACCAAAACAAUGGAACUACUCACGUCGACGUCUUCCGAGGAGUGCAUGCCCGGAUUCCGUGCACUCGCCCAAGUCCUCACAUCCCCUUACGGGACGCAUACUCGCGUCAAUGAAUCAUGGAAGCGAGUCAUACCCCCCGAGCUUCUGGACUUGAUGAUCUGCGAGCUAGAGCCCAGGGAUACUAUCGCAUUUGCACAAGCAUCUCCGGCAAUGGAGCGAUCAUACUACAGGAACUGCACCGUAUCUCAGUUUAACUUCCAGGUCAAACAAUUUGGCUCGUCCAUUCCCUGCUGUGGCAAAAAGACGGAUAUACCUCUUAUAUGCUGCUCCGAAUGUCUUGCUUGGUACCACCUGACGUGUGGAUACGCGCCAGCUAUUGUGCCACCCGAAAACUACAUUUGCAGAAAAUGCGAGUUAGCUCCGACAGCUUUGUUGAUCCGCAUUCCCAAGGGAUGUACGGUGCAACCUGAUGGCUGUGGAAAAGUGUUCCCCCUCACCCCAUGGUUUGAUUGGAACCCCGAUCAGGAUUGGACCAUCUUGUUUAAUGGAGAAUGUUCAGGUUUAGAGUAUUGCUUGGCGCGUAUGACCUGGUAGGAAGCUUUGCGGGAUGAGAGUGCAGCCAUCAUGAUAUACCAAGCUUCUGCAUUUUUGUUGGAUAAACCAGAUGAUGGUAUUCGAGGGUUCGGUAUGACCAAGCUUGUAUAUUUUCCUUCAGCAUGGUCAACUAUACCUAGGGAACACACACAACAUAUAUAGAAAUCAAAUUGAAUUCAAGAGCAA